AUGUUGGUGGCGGUGAGCAGUUGGGAGGUGGUGGUGAUGGAGAAGGUGGCGGUGAUGAGUGUGCGUAUGAUGGCGGUGUCGGUGAAGGAGGUGGCGGUGAUGAGUAGACAUAUGGUGCCGGUGGUGAUGGUGAACGUCGUGGUGGUGGUGGUGGUGGUGAUGAGUAGACAUUCGGUGGCGGUGGUGACGGUGAAGGUGGUGGUGAUGAGUGUGCGUAUGGUGGCGGUACCGGUGAAGGAGGUGGCGAUGAUGAGUAGACAUAUGGUGGUGGUGGUGAUGGUGAACGUCGUGGUGGUGGUGGUGGUGGAGGUGGCGGUGAUGAGUAGACAUAUGGUGGCGGUGGAGAUGGUGAAGGAGGUGGUGGUGAUGAGUAGACAGACUGUGGUGGUGGAGAUGGUGAAGGAGGUUGUGGUGAUGAGUAGAUGUAGGGCGGAGGAGGUGAUGAGUAUACAUAUGGUGGUGGUGGUGGUGGAGGAGAUUUGUAAUGUGUGGUGGGGGAGGAUUUGUGGUGGGGAGGUGGUGGUGGAGAAUAGUGAUAUUGUGGUGGGGAUGAAUAAAUGUAAGGCGGAGGUGGAGAUUGUGGAAGAGGUGGGGACGAUGGCAAAGGAGGAGGGGAAGACUUGGAUUGAGGCGGAGGCGGAGAGUAGUAAUGUUUCGUUGGAGGCGGCGGAGGUGAAGGUGUCGGAGGCGGUGGAAGACGACUUCCGGGAGAUACUUCGCGGAGGUGGUGGCGGAGGCGACUGGGGAGACUUGGUUUUCGGUGGCGGUGGAGGCGGCGAACGUGACCUAACGGUGGGAGAACUCUUGGUCGAAGGCGGCGGUGGCGAAUGA